UAACGGAACUGCUCUAUUGUUCUCGUUAAAUUCCUUUCCCCCGCACUCUCUCGCGCAUGCCAGUCUCCCGUUCUUCAGCAGGACAGACGGGGAGGCUGAUGCGCUCGUACGCAUUGGCUGAGCGGAGACCUCAGAUGUUUUUUUAGCUUAUAUUUUUAGCAGAGGAGGUCGGACUCGUAUUGCACCGCGCGUGGUAGAAGUGCAGUUCAUCUGCAGUGCUGCUGAGCGCUGGAGAACCGCAGUGUGUGAACGCUCGAGCUCAGCAUAUUCAACGCGUCCGAUUGACGGCCAAUGCUCUGAAGUAAACACUCCGGAUAGCUCAUCUAGGAUUUCAGUGGCCCUCUUGCUAAGACGCUUUUUAUUUGGGAAAUGGCCAGUUCUGGAGACGACUCGGCUUCAAACGCCCAGCUGGAUCAGCCUGCAGAAGCGACCCCCGAAUCAGCCUUUCAAGAAGCUCAGAAAUGGAUCGAGGCAGUGACAGGAAGAAGCUUCGGGGAUAAGGACUUCAGAAGUGGACUAGAGAAUGGGAUUUUGCUUUGCGAGCUGCUGAGUUCAAUCAAGCCAGGUCUUGUGAAAAAGAUAAAUAGACUUCCAACACCCAUCGCAGGACUGGAUAAUCUGACAAUGUUUCUGAGAGGAUGUGAAGAGGUGGGAUUGAAGGGGUCACAGCUGUUCGAUCCUGGAGACCUGCAAGAUACAUCUAUACGAGCAAACUUAACGGGCUCUGACUGCAGUAGAAAACUAAAGAAUGUGCUCAUAACCAUAUACUGGCUUGGGAAAGCUGCUAACAGCUGUGCGACAUAUAACGGCCCCACACUCGACCUGAAAGAGUUUGAGGGACUGCUUUCCAUGAUGCGAAAGGAGUGUGUAAAUGACGAGUCAGACUCUCCUAAGCGCAGCAUACGGGACAGUGGUUACAUUGACAGCUGGGAAUCGGAGCGCUCUGAUUCGCUGUCUCCUCCAAGACACGGCCGUGAUGAUUCGUUCGACAGUCUCGACUCGUUUGGCUCACGAUCACAGAACACACCAUCGCCGGACACAGUCAUUCGCUGCAACAGUGACGACUCUGAAGCUGAUAGGAAGUUGCCAGAUGUGCGUAAGGAUGACAUGUCUGCCCGUCGUGUAUCCUACAAAGAGCCUCGUGCCGCUUUACCCUUCAACCAGUAUCUGCCGAACAAGAGCAACCAGACUAACUACCUUCCUGCCCCACUGAGGAAGAGGAGGAGCGACAGGGAGGAAGACCGGAGGAGUGUGAGCAACUCGACAUCUCCAGUGGGAGGAGAACGACCCCUCAGACAAGAGUGUGUAGAAGUGUUAAAAGAAGGGGCUGUCGUGUCUCAAAAAAAAGUCCAGAAACAUUUCACCUGGAUGGUUGAGAAAGGGGCGGAGCUUGAUGAGGCGGAGCUUAAGAAAAUGAGGAAGCUGGAAAAAGCGGGAAUUAAAGUGUUACCCGCCGCUGUUCGAUACAACAGUCCAAUCGUGAGUCCUGCUGAAGCCAGCAAACCGAAAUCCCCUUCACCCGACAUCAUCCUCCGGCGUGACAAUGACUUCAUGCGCGCUGCCGUUCCACAUCAGUGGGACUCCGAUGAGGAAGAGGAAGAUGAAGAAGCAGAGCAGAAGGUUCCAGAUGUUCAAAAGGACGAUCUUGCUUCUCGGAGAGCACGCAUGAAUCAGUUCAAACCAAGUGUGGCACAUCACUUUCUGCCAAGCUCCUGCAGCUGGAAGGACCGAGAGAAAUGGGAGGGAAUCAGGAUGGCAUCCCAACAUGCCGUGUUGGAGAGGAUGGAGAAGAUGGAACAGGAGAAACUGGAGAAAAGGAGUCAGACUGAGUCCGCCUCACCUGAGGUGCCAAUCAUAACUCGAAAGGACAAUCCUUUCCUGAGUCUAGAAAAAGACAGGGCAAAAGAGGGAGAUGAGGAAGAUGAAAGAGAGGAAGAGGGGAAGACAGUCAUCCCAAACCCACACAAAGAUGAUCUGGCACGGAGACGGACUGGGGGAAGGCCACGCAUUCCCAAAGAUCCUUACCAGUCACUGGUCCAGACUUCUAUCACUCAGUCAGACCUGGAGACAUGGCAGAGACUGAAGAUGAAUACAGAGAGCAGUGAGUCUGACUCCGCCCCUGCUGAAGUGUCAAUCAUAACUCGCAAGGAAAACCCCUUCCUAACCCCUGAGAAACAAAGUGAGCAGGAGACUGUAGAGGGGGCAAGCAGAGAGGAAGGGGAGAGGGUGACGACACCCAAUGUAAAGGCAGAUGACCUGGCCAGGAGGCGGAGCCAGAGCGGGUCCCUCCCACUGAAGGAGCCUCGACAGUCAUUGGCUCAAACAACCAUCACUCAGUCAGAUCUGGAGAAAUGGCAGAAGCUCAAGAUGAGUACAGACAGCAGUGAGUCUGACUCCGCCCCUGCUGAAGUGUCAAUUAUAACUCGCAAGGAAAACCCCUUCCUGACCCCUGAGAAACAAAGUGAGCAGGAGAACGAAGAGAGUGCAAACAGAGAGGAAGGGGAAAGGGUGAUGACGCCCAAUGUAAAGACAGAUGACCUGGCCAGGAGGCGGAGCCAGAGCGGGUCCCUCCUACAGAAGGAGCCUCGGCAGUCAUUGGCUCAAACAACCAUCACUCAGACAGAUCUGGAGAAAUGGCAGAAGCUCAAGAUGAGUACAGACAGCAGCGAUGAGCCUAUUGUCCCGCUAUGUCAGACGUGUCUUGAGAAAGGCUGCCUCUCUGUCGCCUCCAAGACGAAGUUUGCCAAGAAUGAUCCGGCUGGUUGCUGGGAUCAUUCCUCCGGUGAACGCCGGCGUUUUGUGACAUUUGGUGGUGUGACAGAGAUGGAGAGCACUUCCUGGAAAGAGGAGGAGGAGGAGGAGGAGGAGGAGGAUGGGGAGGAUGAGGAAAAGGGAGAGAGAGAGGGGAAUGAGGGAGAGAAGCUUCGAUAUCUCCUGUCUGUGGCACCUGUUGCUGUGCCCACUAUAGGGUUGAGCUCCAGACUGACAAAGAGAGCGGUGGGCAGUGGAGACGUAAACCCUGAGCCUGCUCCUAUCAUGCCUCCUGAACCUCCAAACCCGUUCAUGUUUGACCUUAAACGGCCUUUGACCUCCACCGAGCGCAGGGUGCUGGAGGAUGAACUGGUUGAGAAAGCAAAGGAUGAGAAGGAUGAUGAUGAAGAAGACGAAGCCGAAGAAAGGCAGCCGGAUAUUGAAAAGGAUGAUAUGCUAGCUCGCAGAACAAGAGCAUUUAAGAAGACAGCGGGUGGGACUUCGUUUAACCAGUUCCUCCCGCUGCCGGGGUCCAAGAGAGAGGGAACUGUAGGUGGUUCUUUAGCCCAGAAAGGAGGUGUACUGAUAGGCUCGAGUGGAGACAGAGACCUGCACUACCUGGAGAGAAAUAUAAGGACUAAGAGAACCAAGAUUGGACAGAGAUUUGAACCAGUCGAUCAAGUAGCAAAGACACCGGUUGCUGUAGUCACCCAGCAGAGCCCUGAUAUUGUGCGCUCUACUGCAUCUAACACUGAUCGCUCUGCAAGUUGCGAUUAUGAUGAUGAUGAUGAUGAUGAAUAUGUGGAUGACGGUCAAUCUCCAUAUGUUGAGAAGGAUGAUAUGCUUGCGCGAAGAACUGGAUCCUAUCAAAAGCCAAACGCAGGGGCAGGACAGUCUUUUAAUGCAUUUCUGCCCAAACCUGGUGCUGUCAAACAUAAAAUCACCCCUGUCAGCGGAUCACAGUCUUGCGUUAAGCCAAGAGAGCAUGAGACAGCCCCAUCACAGGACAGCUUCACCCUUAGCUCUGUGGCCCCGCCCCCAAGAGAUGCUGAGGACAUGCCCAGGAAGUGGCCUCAGAUGAUGGACAGGCAGGAGGCGGGCUCUGGGGGACAGGAAAGUCUUAUUAAACAUGAGACUAUUACCAAAAGCCUGUCCCCUAUGCCUGAGCAACCGUCCCGUCGGCCCCUUUGGCAGGAAGAUGAUGAUGAUCUACCCCCAAUAUUCAGAGCUACUAGUGUUUCUGAUGAAGCGGAGAGCGUGAGUUUGAUUGACAUGCGUGAUGAAGAGGAUGAGCUUGCAUACCUUCGGCCGCACAGCCAAUCACGACACGAGCACCUACACAACCAGUACAACAAAGUGAAGGAGGAGGAGGACCAGUGGCAGGACGAUUUGGCUCGUUGGAAGAACCGGAGGCGAAGCGCUUCUCAAGAUCUGAUCAAAAAGGAGGAGGAGAGGAAGAUGAUGGAGAAGCUAAUGACAACGGAUGGAGGACACGGACAUCGCAAGAAGAGCAUCAAAACAUACAAAGAAAUUGUAGAGGAGAAAGAGAAAAGGGAACAGGAGCUGCAUGAACAAUACUGUAAGGCCUCCAGUCCAGAAGAGAAAGCAGCUGUGCUUCAGCGAUAUGCUCUCCGUUUCACCAUCAGCGAUGCCAUACUGGAGAAACUCCAGCUCCCCAAACUGCCUUCUGCCGCCUCACCGAUGCACACGUCCCCCCUCCAUCAGCCCGAGCAAAAGACCACAUCCACUACAUUAGUAGAAGCAGAGGUUCCAGAACUUUCACAAACUACCCAAACACAACAGACUGUCCAUGUAAAGCAGAAGAUUACACAUGAUGAGGCACCGGCACAGCCUAAAAUCCCCAAACCUACACCACCUCCCAAGUGCAUCAAAGCUCCAGAAGUCCUGUCGGCACCUUCACGAGUUCCUCCAGCUCCAUCAAAGCCUGUACCCCUGAUCACCCCCAAACCCUACAGCCAGCCCAAAUUCAGCCAAGGCUUCCGCAAAUCGUUGAAGAGUGAUGGGCUGAUACGUGUGAACGGAGACCACAAUCAGCAGGUGAUAAGAGAGAAGGCUAAUAGAGAUCCUCUGCAGAGCCCUGAAGUCAACUUCUCUUCCUCACCUCCAAAGCCAGAAAUUCAAAGUCAACAGAAUGAGGAUCCAAUCGUGUUAGAAACCACAGACCACCAGCAAGACCUACAGACACCUAAACCUGACCUGGAGAAAGAAGUCAUAAAGAAGGAGGAAGAAAGUCUGCUUAGUCCUCAGAAAGAGAUCAGCAAAGAAGACACCUCAACUACACUUUCAGUGUCAGAACCAGCAGGAAAGCAGCCAGUGCCUGACACAGUGAUGAAGCGCAACUUUGUUGUCACAACAACCAUAGUGACAGAACUCACUCAGACGCACCCCGUCCCACUAGAGGACACGUCCAGCACAGAGCAGCCUGAUACAGUCCAAAAUACAUGUGAUCUGAGCUCAACUGCAGAGUCCUGUAAAGCUGAUCAGUCUUCAUACUCGAUCUCGUCGACAGAGGGGAUCGACUACUCCAUUGAAUGUAUUGAAACCCCAAUGUUGAACCUUGCAAAAAGGGUUGACCACUGGACGUGGGAUCCCAAUGAGGAGCGCAGGCGGCAGGAGAGGUGGCAGCAGGAGCAGGAGCGUCUCCUGCAGGAGAAAUAUCAGCGCGAGCAGGAGAAACUGAAGGAGGAAUGGGAGAAAGCCCAGAGAGAAGUAGAAGAGGAAGAAAGGAGACACCAUGAAGAGGAGAGACGAAUUCUGGAGGAGACAGUGACCCCGCUGACCCCUCGCACCUCAGCGUUAUCAUCCAGCUGCGGGACAGAGGCUCCGUCCCUCACACAGCCCUCAGCUCCACAUGAAACCAUUGUCCUCUCAUUGGCCGACUGGGAAAGGAAACAGGAAAUGCUGGAGAAACAGGCACAGACGGGCCAGAGUAACGGAUUGACACACAGUCCUGAUCCAGUAAUUGCAGCAGCUCAGCAGAACGGACAAAGAGCUGAAGCUCAGGAGAGCCAGAUCACAGCUACACCACAACUGCAGUUCAUACAGGAUGGCUCGUGGAGCUGCAAGUCUAAAGGCAGGCAGGAGGAUCUGAAGAAAACCGCCUCGCUGGAUCGUAAACAGAGUCCAGCCCCAAGCCAGACCACAGGGAUGAGGAGGACUGGGUCAUGUGAGAAUGUUUUAGGAACACACCCAUCAAAAUCACCCACACCAUCACAAGACACGCCACCUCCAUCACCCAGCAGGUCAGUCAGUGGAAAGAAGCUUUGCUCCAGUUGCGCUCAUCCACUGGGUAAAGGAGCAGCAAUGAUCAUUGAAACCUUGGGGCUUUACUUCCACAUCCAGUGUUUUAAGUGUGGCGUAUGUAAAGGAUUACUUGGAGACACAAGUGCUGGAACUGACGUCAGGAUUCGAAAUGGACUUCUUAAUUGUCACGAGUGCUACAUAAAAUCAAGGGCUGCUGGUCAGCCAACAACGUUGUGAUGCCUCUGCACUUCUGAUGAGGAAACAGAACCGAAAUCAGGUUAAACCAAGCCAGGACCAGACCCAAGAAGAACGGAUUUUAUGUUUAUACAAAAGAUUUCCUUACAGCACAAUCAAGCAUAAACAUUAAUGUCAAAACUGGAAUCAUGGACACAGGAUGGCUUUCUUUGACUGUUCAGUGCUCGCUGAAAUAUCACUAAUAAAGAGUGAGUCUGUUCACACAG